UGGAAGUUUGGUCCAAACAAUAACCGAAAAUGAUCGAUACAUAUUUUCACACAUUUCAAAGAAAUUGUUAAAGAUGAUUCCAUAUUCUUGGUCUCUGUAAUCUUUUUUAAAACAAGAGUUAUAUAAACAUUUCACAAUUAUGUCGCUCGAGGAUCCAUUCUUUGUUGUCAGAGAUGAAGUACAGAAGGCCUUGCAAUCUGCCACAAGUCUAUAUGAAAGAUGGAGUGAGUUAAUUAAUAACCCUAAGAGUGUAUCUAAGGAAGAAUAUGAUUGGACAACUAAUGAAUUGAGGAACAGUUUGCGGAGUAUAGAUUGGGACCUGGAAGAUCUAGAAGAAACCAUUGAUAUUGUUGAGAAAAAUUUGAAAAAGUUUAAAAUAGAUGAAUCAGAACUUGAAGACAGAAGAUCGUUUAUCAGAAGGACAAGAGUCUCUGUAAAGUCAAUGAAGGAUAAUUUAUCAAGUAAACAGACCAAGGGGAAAGAUGAAACUAAUGUGAGACAGGCAUUGCUUAGUAAUGGACCAAAUAGACCUCAUGACAAAUACACACGGUUAGACCAGGAAAUGGAGAGGUCCAAUCAGCGAUAUAUAGAGGACACAUCUCAACAACAACAGUUGAUCAUGAGAACACAAGAUGACAACAUGGAUCUUAUCAGCAAAAGUGUUGGAUCUUUGAAGAACAUGAGUCAACAAAUAGGCAGCGAAUUAGAGGAGCAAAAUGUUAUGUUAGACGAGUUCCAUACAGAAAUGGAUCAUACAGAAAGUAGAAUGGACGUCACAAUGAAGAAAUUGGCUAAAGUUAUGCAUAUGUCAAAUGAUAAAAGACAGUGGUGUGGAAUAUUUGUGUUGAUUGGCAUUCUGAUUGUGAUUAUUAUAUUUUUCUUUGUUUUAUGAUAUCUUAAAGUUGUAAUUUUUACAGAUAUUUAUAUGUAUGAGAAGUCUAUUUUAAGAUGCAAAAAGGAAACAUUGGCUAGAGUAGCUUUAGUUAGAAUGUACACUAUUAAGCCUUAUAAUGAAUGUUGAGAUUACUGACUGAUUGAUUGCUGGCUUUAGUUAGCCCUGUCAACAUACAAUGGCUAUGUCGUUGUAGUGUAGAUACAUAGUAUAUUGUGUGGAAGGGACCAUUCACAUACAGAAGUGCAAUAGCUGUGUUAUUUUUAUCAAGACCACUUAUUCUUGUAUAUGGUUGUAAAGUUUUAUCAGAUGCAUUGAGUUAAAAAAUUGUCAUUUGUUAAAUAGUGUGUUUUGCUAUGAUAUAGUGAAACUAACAGUAGCAUUCAAACUAAAUUUUUAAGCAGCCAAAAGAAAGGUUGCUUUUAUUAUUUUUAUUUUAUUUGCAAGGGAAAAAAUCUAGUCAAAAAGAUUUCCUAAACUUGUAUUUGGUUUUUCUUGAUUAUAUGAAUAUAGAAAACCUACAGAUGGUGUCGUGUUACACCAGCUCUCUGAUGGACCACAAUGAGAUGGUGUCUUCCUCGAAUGCCAACAUUUUAUAUGUUACCUAUUCCUUGAAUGCCAACAAAAAUAUUUCAAUAAAUGUUUAUAUAAUAACAAUAGGUGUUUUUAUAAGUAUUUAACUGUAAAAAUAAUUAGUGAACUUGAUGAAAUUAGUACAUUUUAAGUAAAAAUAACAAUUAAUAACCAAUGAGAUUUGGCAGACAAGUCUGGUAAAUACAAUCAUUUUGAAACCCAUAGCCAAAUGGUUGAAGUAGUUCUCUUGAACCUUUAACUGGUGUCUAACAAAAGUUAUUUUUCUCAUGAAUUCAAAAGUUAAGAUUUUGACAGCAUUGAUAGAUAUAUAAUGUAAAAUUAUGUGAAUGAAAAAAUACCUUGCCAGCCUUAUAUAGUACAUGUUAUUUAUAGAUUUAUACACAUAGAUUAAGCAUUGUCACAAACAACUUUUAGUCAAAGCUAUCUGUAAGAUACCAUUUAUAUUUCUGUAUGUUGUGUUCAUUGUUGAUUAUGAUAAGAAGUAUAUUUUUAGUUUAAGGUUUGAUCAUGUUAUAAUUUUCAAUACUUCAUGAUGUUUGUACUGUCAAUUAAAAAAUCCUAGCAAAGAAGGGUUGGAGUGAUGAGAAUUAUCAAAGAGGCAAAAAUUACAUAUAUAAAUAAUCAUAGUAAGUAAAUCCAUAGUAUAUCAUCAAAAUUGAGAUAAGUACAUAUAGAUUUUUUUUUUAUCCUUUGACAAACUUAUAAGUAAAUAAUAAUAAUGGUAAAUCAAAAACUAACAUAGGCAGCAUUGAUUGGGAAGAUAUUUUAUACCAUAAAAGUUUAUAACAUAUUAUUAAGCAUGAGGAAUAUUCAAUUAUUAGCAUGUGGAUGUAUGAUUUAAAUUUUUCUAUUAAAAAGUUAAAUUUUAAACAAAAUUGUCAUUUAAUUUUUAAACAAAUUUAACCUUCCUCAAGCCUGCUAGAUUUGAAAUUUUAUAUAUUUUUUUUAUUCGCAUUAGUGAUGUUGUACACUCCAAUUUGUAUUUUAAAUUUAAGUAGUGUUCCCAAAUUAAAAUUUCUCUGACCAAUAUAACAUUUGCUUUGUUAUAAUAACUUUUAAGCAAUCCAUAGAGAUCUACACCAACACAACAGGUAUGAGUUUUUUAGGUUGGUACAUAACACUACAGGGAGAUAACUCUAAAAAAUUAGCUAACCCUUUUAAUUUUUAUAAUUUUGAAAUAUGUUGUAGGCUUUGAAGAGUUAUAAAAUAAAACACCAAAAUAAAACAUAGGUCACCGUGCUUGUUUUCCAGAAAAUUGAGGCUGAAAAUUGGGGAUUUGUGCAAUUUUGUAAAAAAGUUGGGCAAUGUAAUAAAUUUUUUGGAGCAAAUAUUCUUCGUCGUAAAUUAUUAAGAUCGGGUUCAAUCUGAAGCUGUGAUAAAUGACAAUAAGUGAAAAAAACAAUCCCAACAUGAAUGACUAUACAAUUGUUCAAGCCUUGCUUGACAUUGCGGACCAGGUGCUCAAAAUGGUAUUUUUCUAAACCUAAAAAUAUGGAAAUAAACUGGUUUUGAAAAUGAAAUUUUUAUCAUUUUUAACCGGAUUUUUGUGACAAAAAUGUCAGUUAUUGAUUUGGGGAUGUACAGCAGGCGGGCGGCAAUCAAAUUUUGUCCGUGCAUUAACUCAUGAACCGUUCAACCAAAGCUUUUAAAAUUUUAAUAAUGUUGUUACUGAUGACAAAAUGGAGGUUAAGUUCAAUAAUGACGAUUUUGACUUUUACCGUUCAGGAGUUAUGGUUCUUGAAAGAUUAAAAAAUGGAGUUUCCAGUCGUGUCCGUGCAUUUUCUCAUGAACCAUUCAACCAAAGCUUUUGAAAUUUUUAUGUUGUUACUGAUGACAAAAUAGAGGUCAAGUUCAAUAAUGAUGAUUUUGACUUUUACCGUUCAGGAGUUUUGGUUCUUGAAAGUUUGUAAAAUGGCAUUUCCAUUCACAUUGUUGCAUUUACUCAUGAACCAUUCAAUCUAAGCUUUUCAAAUUUUAAUAUGUUGAUACUGAUGACAAAAUAGAGGUCAAAUUUGAUAUUGACAAUUUUCACUUUCACCAUUCAUCAUUAAUGGUUCUUGUGAUAUUGCCAGGACACAAAUAAAUGUUAAUAAAUCCUGUUUGCUGUCGUUGUGACAGCCUCUUGUUGUUUCCUUGACAUGGCAUGCAUUUUUGUUUCGUCAUCUCUCAAUCUUUUACUCUUUUCAUGACCUGAUUUUCAUCAAAAUUAUGAAAUGCUCUGUAUUUGUUUAUUUUAAAAUAAUGCCUUAUUAGCCGUCUGUUAAAAUACAACGAUUUUACUUCCAAUUGUAAAAGUUAUUACCCUUUUUAGAUGAAUUUGAGUAUUUAGACUUGGAUCACAGGUAUACUAGACAAUUUUGUUUUUUACUGACUUUUUAUUUGUCUCAGCACAAAUUAUGGUCUUUGUAUGAUUGUUGCAAAGAAGAGCACAAACCAUUAAAGUUUACACUUUCAUGUUGUCCGUAUGAGGAGAGGAGUGAUACAACAAAAUGCAUUGUAUAUAUUUAUUGUACUUCAACAUUUUUGAUAGUGCUUUUGUUUCAUUCAGAUAUGUUGUGCAUAAUUUAUUACAAUAAAAUUUAGAAUAUUU